GGUCGAGCUGCGGUCACACUGGUGCCCAUCUCUAUCAACAUCCCUUCGGCUUAGCUUUGGUUUUUCACAAAUUGUUUUUUUUUAUGAUGGCAUAAAAACUGCUCCUGUACAUGAGGUAUAUGAAACUGCUGAGGUGGUGCACCGUUGCAACAGACCGCCGCCCCCGGCCCCCUUCAACCGAUAGAACCAGUCAACGGGGGAAAGCGCACCGAGGAGAACGAGAAGGAAAAGCAAGAGGAAAACCAACGCGGCGCCGCCAUUGAGAAAGAAAAAGCGUGUGUCCGCUCCCCACAACAAAAACUACAAGCAAAAUAUUCGAUAGGAAGGAAACAAAGGCGAAACAAAGCUGGAAAAUGUCGCAGCCAGUUGAAGGAGCGGGUUCUCUAGAGCCCAAGGCCGAGUCGUCAGUGGAUCAUGUGAGACAGCCCCUGGAGGAAGAUAACAACAGCCUGGAACCUGGCGAAGUAGUGACCCCACCCCACCAGCAACACCCCCACCAUCCAGCCAAGCAGCUUGUGGCCAAGGAUCUGGCCAACAAAAACCUACGCAAGUUGACCCAAUUAGAUCCGGACGGCAAGUGGCUUGAGAAUGGUUUGCUGGAGACGUCCAAGAGUCAGAUUAAUGACGCUGAUGACAGCGAGGGACUUUAUUCCGAUACCGAUUCGUCUGGUGAAGAGCAGAAGACCGAAGUGGAGGACGUGCAGCAGGCUAGAAAGGAAAAGAAGGCUGAAGCUGCUGCCGCUGCCCUGCCACAGCCUCCGCCCACUCCAUUUCUGGGCAUAAGCCCUCUUAGAUUUCACAUGCGACCACCAUGCUACGACUUUCCGCGCAUGGGAUUUAUGCCCCGAAUGGGAAGGGGUGGACCUCGCGGUAUGAGACCGCAUUUUUUCGGACGCCCGCCCGCUCCAAACCGAAUGGUAUCCCCUCUGGAUCCUCAAGGACCUGCCGGUCCCAAACGACCGCAAUCGGAUACGGUGUGGACGACGUUGCAGCCCUCUAUUCCCUACGUGUUCAACCUGAUUUCCGAAUGCGAUAACUUCAAGCACAAGGACUGCAAGCAUACUGCCCCAACCAAACCCAAAGAACCCGCCAACGAUGUCAAGGAUAAACCUGCCGAGCAGUCGCUAGACAAGGACGAGAAGCGCAGUAGGGGAAAGACCAGGGAGAGAUCCAAAGGGAGGGCCGACAAGAAGAAAACGAAAGAAAAGUCCAAGGAAAAGGAUCGCAAAGGUAAAACGAGGGACAAAUCCAAUGAUAAGGGCGAAGUGAGGGGGAAAACGAGAGAGCGUUCACCAGGGAAGAAGCUCCCUAAAAAUAAAACAAAGGAGAGCUUUAAGGAAAAGGAUUCAAUUCAAGGUACAUUUUCAGACAAGCCGGAGAAAAGCCAAGAACGCGGAAAAACUCAAGAAAGAUCGAGGGAGGAGGAUCAUAACCCGAAAGAAAUUCGCCAUAAAUCAAGAGGACGAAGCCGCACUAGAGGAAAGUCAAGGGAAAGAUCCAAGGGUAAGGAGCACGACCCUGCGGUACGAACGCCAGAAAGAAUUACAAGCAGAGGGAAAACGAGGGAUCGCUCAAGGGAACAGCAUCAGCUCCCAGGAAAAACAUCCGUUCCAGCCGGCUCAAAUGAAAGAGGUAAAACUAGAGAACGCUCCAAAGAGAAGGAUCCAGCUCGAGGAAAAACCAGGGAACGAUCACCGGAAAGAAACCUAGCCAGAGGAAAAACGAUGGAGAGGCCAACAGAAAAGGAUCAAGCGAGAGGGAAAACAAGAGAACGUUCCAAAGAGCCAGAGCUAGAAAAACGAGGAAAUAUGUUUCCCAAUUUCCACGAAAGAGGAAAGACAAGGGAGCGGUCCAGGGAGCCGAAUAGGAUGCGGGGAAAAACCAGAGAGAGAUCCAGAUCUAAGCCAAGGGAAAAAUCUGGAGAUCGACCUAAGGAAAGUGUUGGGAAUCAAUCGAAUGAUAAGUCACGAGACAAAUCGAACGAAAAACGAAGGGAUAAAUCAAACGAUAAGUUGAACGAAAAACCUAGAGAACGCUCCAUAGAGAAGCACCGAGAAAGAUCCAAACAGGAGUUGGGAGAAAAGCUGAAUGACACUACGGUGCAGGGAUCUAAGGGACAGGGACACAACACAUCCAAAGAUUCAGUGGAAAUACAAAAGGAUAAGUCCAGGGAUAGUUCCAAGGACAGUCAGAGGGAACGAAAUAGAACUCGAGAACGUUCCACAGAGAAAUCAAAGAGGUAUUCUGGAGAGAAGGGCAGCGAAAGAUCUCUAGACAAGCCCAGAGGGCGAUCACGAGACAAAUCUCCAACAAGAAACCCCAAAGCACAAGAUCAUUCAAGGGAAGAUCAUUUUAGAUCUAGAGGACCGGAUCGAGAUCGAUUUCUACCAAGGGAAGGCCAUCCAGGCACUCCCCGAGCAAACAUGUUCCGAAGAGAAGCCACCCCGCACGAUUCGUUCCACGAAAAAUCUCUAAAAAGGGAUACGAAAACCAGGACCGAUCACAGAAAUCGAAGCAGGAGCCGAACCCGUUGGGGAAGCAGAGAAGGAACUCCAGCGAUGACACCUCCACCGGAACAACUGCCACAGACACACGAUAAUGAAUCCACAAAGGCCAAGGUCUUCGAUAUAUUCGCCGACUCACCGCCAAGAUCCAACACUGCCGUGGUAGCUUCAGCUGCAAGUAUUGAGAGAAGCACCACACCGCCCCUGAAGGCAUCUCUGGAUAUCCCAAAGCCCCUGCUCAAGGCCAGCGAGAUUCACAGUCGGAUUGGAGCCUUGCUGGAGGACAAUGAUUUGCACCUGGAUGCCUUGCUGGCCACCAAGGAGCAGUUACUCCGACGAACUAACGAGUACAAAGAGAAAAAGGAGUCUAAGCUGGAGUCUCAGUCGAAUAUGAAUGAUAAAAGGUCUGGAUCGAGGGCCCAACAUCACAGUCGAGAAUCACGGCACACGAAUACUUUUAAGCGUCAAUCAGUAUUAAGCGACAGGCGGCGUCAAAGGAAUGGCAGCCAGUCCACCGAGGAGGAGAACUGGGACGACGACUUGGAGCCCGCCCCCAGCCAGUUCAAGGAUGUCACCAUUAAGGUCGAAAAAGAUCUGACACCACAGGCGCAGGUUACCAGCAAUGGCUCCAACUUGCGGAGCGUCAAGGUGGAGAGAAGUAACACGCCACACAAGGAUCUGCACGACCGGGAGAUUCUAUUGAGGAAUGGAGCUGUGGCAGCCAAUGCACCGCCCCCCUCGAAGGAGCAAGAGAGUCCGGAUACGGAUGACUACAUUGACAACUGGGAGAACGACGAUUCUAUGGCCAGUUUUCCCAAGAACGCUCCUCGUGCCACUCCCACGUCCCACGCUCGGAAUCCGUUUUCCUCGCUGAACAGUACUCCCCUGCCGCAGGAGACUGGUCACCUCAAUGUGGACGACGACGAUUCUAAUGCUCUGUGGAACGCCAAUAGCACGCCUCCUCCUCGCUCCAAAAACACACCCCUGCCCAACAGUAAUAUCCACGAGAUGUACGACAAGUUCAUGAACAGCAUCCAGAUGACGAACGUGGAGGAAGAUGACACCUCCAAGGUUACUUCCUUUAGCGAUGGAAGCUCCUCCGGCUCGGACAGUUCCACAACGAGUAGCAGCAGUAGCGAUUCCGAGGAAGAAAGCAGUUCAGCUGAGGAGGAGGGUCCACACUCCUCCGACGAGGAAAACGGUUCCAAUGCAGCCAACUCCAAGACCAACUCGGAUGAGCAGCCUGGCAAAGAUCAGCAGCAGAAGAAGAAUAGCGUUAGCAAGGAUCUUCGGAAACUCAAGAGUCUGGAAGACAACCUGGCCAGGAUUCAGAUGAUGCGGGAAAACUACGAUGCUGGCGACGAAAUAUCCGAGGAGCUGCUCAAAAUGGAAUCUUUGUUUCUGAUGCAGCGCAAUGCCAUCAUGGACAAGUAUCGUAAACACGAACUGAAAGCCAGUGGAGAAGAAAACCAAACCGCACCGGAGGAUCUAGAAAAGCUUUCGAGUUCGACCCAUCCACCAGCGGAAGUUCAAAGUUCACCAACUCCUGUGAACAACAUUUUCGAUGCCAACAGGGAAGCCAUAAAGCUGACCAUUUCCCCGCUGAAGCUAACCCGGAAAUCCGCGAUUCUCGACAAGGAUGAUGCGGAGCAACCGCCUCCGUCGAAGCUGUCUCAGGAGCCAGCCAAGAAACCACCCAAGGAAAUUGCUAUCGUAAAGCCCACGAUUGUGGAAUCUCGGUCGAAGCCGAGGCUGAGGAGUCCUCCGCCGCCAGGAAGGAAUCGCCGACUGCCGAGGGACAGAUCAAGGUCACGUUCCAUCUCCAGAAAUCGUUCCCGCCACCGCAGUCUACGUGCCAGCAGAGGCAAGGAUGGUUCGCGUUCUCCUAGUCCGCGACGCUGGCGACCUCCAUCCCCGAAAAGAGGUUUCCGGUUUGGCAAGAAAAGUGGGAUGGGGUCCAUGGGCCGAAGUCACAGUCGAAGCAUGAGCAGGAGUCGAACGCGAAGCAGAAGCCCGGGUAGGCGAAGACGCCCGCCUGGAUUUAUGGGGAACCGAUGGCGAGGCUCACUCUCACCGGGACCACAAAAGUUAGCCGGCCCGCGGUCACCGCCUCCUCAAAGGCUGCGACGAUCCCUAAGCCGCGAACGGGACAGAGACCGAGAUCGGGAUCGGGAUCGCGAACGCUUCUCCCGUUCGCCGUUGCCAUUCAAGCCACCUUCACCACCCAUGCGACGCAGUUGGUCGAACUCCCAUUCCCGCUCGCCGACCCGCCGAAGAUCUCUUUCCAGGACAAGAUCGCGUUCUCCCCGCUGCCGUUCCCGCUCGCCUUACGAUGAAAGACAAAGUUUCAUGGAAUACUUUGACGAGAAUCCGGGCAUGGAGGCGGCCGCUUACUUCUACAACAUGUCGCUUCUGCAGCAGGAACACCAGGACCCCACCGGCGAAAGCUACGAUGCUUAUGCUGCCUACAUGGACUCGGCCUACAACAUGGAACAGGCCUAUGCCCAGUACGGAGAUGGCUAUGGACUUUCCAACGAAUAUGGUGACUAUCUUGGAGGAAUGGAGGGGGUUUCGUCGCCGCAGCUCGCGGGAUCAGUGCUUAGAGAGCUGCCAAUGGCCCCAGUACCUGGAGCUUCUGUGGUGGUGCAAAAGGGUAAUGUUUUGGAGAUCGUUCCAUCGAGUAAUGAGCCAGAUGCAGUUCCCCAACCAGCUGCAAUAGAGCAGCCACCCGAGGAUAGCAAACCAAAGCGGAAGCGUGUCAACUUUGUGGACAACGUCCUGCCCAACUACGAGAGUGAUAGCGAGGAUCGUGCUGUGGUUAGAUGCGCCGUGGAGCGGGCACUGCGUCAAUACCAGGAGCGACGGGCGCAGGCUGCUGCCAAGUUGCAGCAGGUUCGGGAUGAGCUCCUGGCCCUGCCGCCGCCGCCACCUCCUUUGACGCCCAAGCCCCCGAACUUGGAGAAACCCGUUUUGGUGCAAAAGAAGCCCAGAUUCCGUUACUUCCACUUUGAUCCCGUGAAAGGGGUGAUUGUGAAGUCACACACACGUCUGCUCCGACCUCUAUCCCGCCCUCCGUUCGAUCCGAAGCAGUUCGCCAUGCUGAUGAAAUCGGGACGAUUGCCACCCAUGCUGCCCGCCUUCUUCAGACACCGGCCGCCACCGAUUCCUGCGAAUGUUGAUCCCGUGACGAGGGCGGCCAUGUUGAAGGACUUCUUUACGAAACAUCCACCGCCCCCGUUGCAGAUGCACAUGCCCCCCAUGCCCCUGCCCCCCGACGGAUUGCCCUUCUUCGUAAGUGGACCGCCGCCCAUGGCAGCCAGAGGGCCGGAAUCUUCACCCAUUCCCGUGAUAGUGCCACCACAGCCUAUUCCUGUGCUGGGCUAUCAGGGCUACCCGCAGCCCCGUGGUAUGGUCUCGUCGCCCGGCCCCUUGCCAGUACCCGUUCCAGCUCCAGUAACACCGAAUCUGAGGCCUGUGCCGGCGCCUGUCCCAGCAGCCCACACAUCGCCGCCAUCGACGUACUUCAGUCCCCCGCCACUGCCCGAGCUGCCACCGCUACCCACUCUACCCAGCUUAACCUCAUCCUUCACUGUCAAUUCAGUGCCAACUAUCACACAAAUAAUGCCUGUGGAUAUCCUGCAACGAAUAGGACCGCUGCCCAAAACUUUGGACGUGGACGAUGUGGGAACGUCGAUAGAGGAAACCAGCAAUGACUUCCAUACGGAGGAACCAACUGCUCCCGUAGAGCAACCAGUGGUGGAAGCCAAGCCACAGCUUCUGGUGGAAACCCAAUAGCAUCCGAUAUAGAUAUAGAUUUUAUUAUAGGAUAGUUUUCCACCUUUUAGAAAAUUCUUUUAGGACAUAAGCAUAAUUUUUGUAUACUGCUCGGUUUUUCCUUUAUUUAUAUUUCUCGAUUUUUCAUUUGACCAUUUUUGUGAACAAAUCGCAUUUAUUAAUAAAACAAGUCUUUAGUUUAGUUAAGGUCUAAAUAGUAAGUCCAUGCAUGGUUCGACUUGGACCUUAGUCCAUUGAUUUCUACAAGAAAAUAAAAAUGUAAAUAGUUCGAUUCGCUUAAGGAUAAUACACGGAUUAACAUACAUUAAACAUUAACUGAGUCAUUUAUAUCUAAAAUUAUUAACUAAAUGGAUCGACUGUGCAAAUAUGUGUAGAUGAGAUGUUUUCAGAGCGGACUUGUGUGAAUGUUUCAAUUCAAAAUAACAAAAUACAGUAAGUAGAUUGUCAAAUAAACUAAUUUGAAAUCAAUUUUAAAAGGUUUUUAGUUUCUAACCUUAUCUCUAAUAAAAAGGUUUAAAAAUAA